UUUGCGCCCUCCCUCCGCUCGCAUCCCAUGGCCGUCUCUAGGUGAUUUAGCGCCGCCAGUCUCGAGCAGGUGUCCAACAUGGCGAUCACGGGAAACGGAUCUCUCACUAUUUCUCUCUCUGUUUUCGUGAUUUCAGCGGCGUUUCUUCUAAAAGGAGCCGCUGAGACCUUGUCAGUUGAAGGUCAAAACCUGGGGACUGAUAAUGUGUCAGUGAUCGAGGGGGAGAUGGCGACCAUCAGCUGCAGGGUGAAGAACAAUGAUGACUCAGUCAUCCAGCUCCUCAACCCCAACAGACAGACCAUCUACUUCAGAGACGUCAGACCCCUGAAGGACAGCCGGUUCCAGCUGGUGAAUUUCUCCGACAACGAACUGCGGGUGUCUCUGUCCAACGUGUCUCUCUCAGAUGAGGGACGCUAUGUGUGCCAGCUCUACACAGACCCUCCUCAGGAGGCCUACGCAGACAUCACUGUGCUGGUCCCACCAGGCAGUCCAAUCAUGGAUUCCCGAGAGGAUGUGGUCAGUGAGGGGAACGAGACAGAGCUCACCUGUACAGCCAUGGUCAGCAAGCCUGCCGCCUCCAUCAGAUGGAUGAAAGGAGAGCAGGAGCUGACAGGCGAGAUGACGGUGGAUGAGACCUAUGACAGGAUGUUCACGGUCACCAGUCGGCUGAGACUCACUGUGUCCAAGGAGGAUGACGGAGAGCCAGUCAGCUGCAUCAUCGACCACCCAGCCGUGAAGGACCUCCGGGCACAGAGAUACCUGGAAGUGCUAUAUCAACCAGAAGUGAAGAUCGUUCAGGCGUUCCCUGAAGGUUUAACGAGAGAGGGAGAGAAUCUAGAGCUGACGUGCAUAGCAAAAGGCAAACCACAGCCCCAUCAGAUCAGCUGGCUCAGAGUGGAUGAUGAUGUGCCGUCUCACACCGUGAUCACCGGCUCUGACCUCUUCAUCGAAAACCUCAACAAGUCGUACAACGGCACGUACCGCUGUGUUGCCUCCAACACCGUGGGAGAUGCCUACGAUGACUAUAUCCUCUUUGUAUACGAUGCUCCUACCACGAUCCCCACACCCACCACCUUGAACCUAGACAACACCCAAGACUCCAGAGCUGGUGAAGGGGCGCCACAGAAGAUAGACCACGCUGUCAUCGGAGGUGUGGUUGCCGUGGUGAUGUUCGCUAUCCUCUGUGCACUCAUCGUCCUGGGGCGCUACUUCGCCAGACACAAAGGCACCUACUUCACACAUGAAGCCAAAGGGGCAGACGACGCAGCAGAUGCAGACACGGCCAUCAUUAAUGCAGAGGGGGGACACAACAACACGGAAGAGAAGAAGGAGUACUACAUCUAAUGAUGAGAGGCCAUGGGGGUGUUAUGUUGAGGGGGGGGGGGGCGUCCUGUAAGAGCACUAUAUCUAACUCUGAGUGGGCCAGAGGGGGUGGGGGGAGGGGGGGGUAACGAGGGAUGUCGAACUGGUGCAGCUGAGAAGGAAAGAUGAGAGGUGGGGAAAGGAGAAGAGAAGAGGAGAAGAAUGAUGAGAACUCUAGAGGAGGAUUAGAGUGGAUGAGCAGUUGGAGGCUUCAUUGCUUUGUCGUGGAUUCGCCCAUCCAACCUCUCCUGGACUGCUGGGGCCCAUUCUGUACAGUUCAAUUAUUUUACAGACAAUUUUGUGCCUUGUUCUAUUUCUUUCGUAAUUGUUUUUUUUUUUUCCCCCUCAAGCCUGUCGACUCCACCAGAUCCUUUUUGCUGCAGUUAGCUUUCAGAGGAGAUUGAAUGACAGGGCACUUCUUCUCUAGUUGUCCUGCAGCUCUAUCUUAGCUUGUGUACCAGGCUUUUAGAAGCACUCUCUCUCUAUGCUGUGUACUGUAGAAGCAGCCAACAACACAUAUGAGUCAUUUCCAGACUAUCUAAAAUCUAUUGUAAACAGCUCUCAUCAAUAUCAAACUAUACUGUCCCUCUUAACUCAAGCAUAAAUAUGACCUCUCCUGCUCUAUCAGACAUACUGAAACAUCCCUUUUGUGUUUGUUCUGUGGCUAAAAGACUGACUGGAGUUGCUGCCAUGGUCAUAAGCAUUGUUGGUUUGUCUGUCAGAUGUUGGGCGGGGCAACAGGCUGUUGUGUUGCUUCAACAUCAUGAUAUUAUAGUGAAUUCAGGGGGUAGUCCCAAACAGGACUCAAACAUGGGUCCAGCAACUGUUAAGCCAACGCCUUAACUGUUAUGCCAAGAGGUCCGAUCCCCUUGAUGAGGUCCCUAGGUGUUGGGCUAAGGUCACUACAAUAUGGUUUACUCUGGGUCAUCAUACUCAUACCCUCAAAGGUCAGUGAAGGACCAAUGUAAUAGUAAUGCUUGUACGUGUUCAAAUACAGUGCAUAUAUUACCCAGUGUUUUCAGCAAAGGGUCAAAUCCAGUUCAAAUAAUUAUCUUCUACAGAUAAAACAAGUUUGAUUUUGUUCUUGAAUAAUAUACUGACUUUAAUAUAUUGAAUAUAUAUUUAGAGACCUUCAAACACGAUUUUAUUAUUGUCUUCGGCCUUUAUCUAAUCUGUUGACUCGGGUUGCUAUUGAGAGGAAUAUAUCUCAAUGUAACAGCUGUCUAAUGCCUCCUCCUCGGAUGAGGAGGAGGAGUAAGGGUCGGACCAAAACUCAGCGUUUAAUGAAGACAUAAAUAUUUAUUUAAAGACGAACACGAAAACACUUGGAAACUACAAAACAACGUAGACAGACCUGAACUUGGAACUUACAUAAAAAACACGAAGAACGCACGAACAGACUACAUACACGAACGACAACGAAACAGUCCCGUGUGGUGCUACAUACACAGACACGGAAGACAAUCACCCACAAACAAACAAUGUGAACAGCCUACCUUAAUAUGGUUCUCAAUCAGAGGAAACGUCAAACACCUGUCCCUGAUUGAGAACCAUAUAAGGCUAAUACCAAUUAACCUAAACAUAGAAACACAAAACAUAGACUACCCACCCAGCUCACGUCCUGACCAACUAAACAAAGUAAAACAAAGGCAAAUAAGGUCAGGAACGUGACACUCAAUAUGAAAGGGAAGAAAAUAUGUUACUUAUACUUUAGUUCGAAGAUGUUUUAAUUGUAAUGAUGUUUAAAACGUUUGAAUUUUUCAAACAGUAGCCAGUACACAAGGAAUUCUGUAUGUAUUAUUUUGACUGCCAUUGUAUAUUUUAUGGAUAUUAUGAUACACUUUGAAUAUAAUUUUUGCAUGACUUCUUGUUUUGUUAAAAUGUUUUGUUUUCAAAUUAGAAAAAGUAAGACACAACUAAUGGUCAUUGCUCAAUGAGCAUUCCUAAUCGUGUCUGUGAAUAAUAAGUUAUUGAAGAUCCCCGAUAAGUUUUGAAUGGAGAAUGACUAGCACGGUAUCCAUUUCUGCCAUGUUUCAGCUUUUGAAGUAAAUGUACAGAUUGCUGUGGAAUCUCUGUAAUGCAUAUUGAAGUUCCUGCUUUUAUCUUUCCAUGGUGCAUUAGUCAAUGGAUUUAUUGGAUAUAACAGUGUGAUAGACAAAACAACUCCAAAUACAUGAAUAAAAAAGGACAGCCACUGCCUUAAAACAGUGAUUCAACUUUGCUUUGGAAUAUAUCAUAAUAAUGAAGAAAAAAAGAGUGAAGGACUAAAUGCAGUGCCUUCCUUUAUUUAAAGGGUAUACAGUACGAUGUCAACAGUGUCACUCCGAAUAUAUCUUAGUAUAUGAAUCUCUCUGUACCUUACACUAGUAGUGGUGGUCUUACUCUCUAUUCACAUGUAACUCAUAAAACAGACAGUACUAAGAACUGGAAUAACAAGCUAAAUAAUUGGAAUCAUAACUGAAUGAUAUGGCUGCUUCUAUUUAAAAAACAGCUCCUUAUAACAAACAAGCUAAGUAGUAUUAAUGAUUUUAUUUACGGGCGAUCUAUUUCUGUCCAAUAAGAAUUUACAAGAUAGGCAAAAAAGUGUAUUUCAUUUAUUUGCUAAAUCAAUUUUUGUUGUAUUUAUAAGGUUAUUGUAUGAGGUUAUGUGCUGCAAUUGUGGCCAAGGCUCGCCACACUUUGGGAAAGGUAAAACAAGCAAAACCGCACUGGAAAUCUGAUGUUUAUUUAAUUGAAUUGCUUGAGGGUGAUGCAGAACAUAACCGAUACCAGUAUAACAAAUUAAAAUUUGCAAAUCAAUAUUAAUCUCAAAGUGUAUUGAUUAGUUCUGAACUUGCUUUUGUUUUGUUAAUCAUCAAUGUUUUAUUCUGGAUACAAUUGAAAUGAUCGCUGUAGGGAUUAAAAUUAAGUGUUGUUUUUGUUUUCAGUAUACACUCAGUGGCCAGUUUAUUAGGUACACAACCCCAUUCUUGAAAAUGGUUUGCUCCUACAGACAGAGUCACAUGACCGUGGCUUGCUACAGUAUAUAGAGUUGGCAGACAGACAUUGAGGCAUUCAGUUACUGCUCAAUUGAACGUUAGAAUGGGAAAAACAAGUGACCUAAGCAACUUUGAGCGUGGUAUGAUCGUCGGUGCCAGACGCGCCAUUCCAGCAUCUCAGAAACGGCCAGCCUCCUGUUUUUUUUAAAAGCACGAGAGUGUCUAGGGUUUAGGGAGAAUGGUGCGACAAACAAAAAACAUAAAGUCAGCGGCAGUCCUGUUGGCGACAAACAGCUUGUUGAAGGAGGAUGGCAAGAAUCGUGCAAGGCCACAAACAGGCAAAUAACGGCGCAGUACAACAGUGGUUUGCAGAACGGCAUAUCGGAACGCACAACAUGUCGGUACUUGUCACGGAUGGGCUAUUGCAGCAGAUGACCACACUGGGUUCCAUUCCUAUCAGCUUAAAAGAAGAAGCGGCUCCAGUGGGUAAGCGAUCACCAACACUGGACAAUUGAGGGGUGGAAAAACAAUGCCUGGUUUGCCGAAUCCCGGUUCCUGUUGCGUCAUGCUGAUGGCAGAGUCAGGAUUAGGUGUAAGCAGCAUGAGUCCACGGCCCCAUCCUGCCUGGUGUCAACGAUACAUGCUGGUGGCCGUGGUGUGAUGGUGUGGAGAAUGUUUUCCUGGCUCAAAUUAUGGCCCUUGAUACCAAUUGAGCAAUGUUUCCAUGCCCUGAAGAAUUCACGCUGUUCUGGAGGCAAAGGGGGUCCGACCCAGUACUAGAUGAGUGUACCUAAUAAACUGGCCUCUGAGUGCUAUUUGAUAUGUAGUCCAUGUGUUUCCACUUUCUCAGGUUCAUGUUGAAUCCUGUGUUUUGCAUCUCAGGUGAAAUGCAAAGUGAAAGCCCCCCAAGAAUACUACACAUUUCAGAAAGUUAUCAAAUCAAAAUAUUUUUUUUCUCAGUUGUAUAUGUUUGUGUUCUUAAAUAUAUGGUGCACUGUUAAAUGUUACAUAUUAUUUUGUAUAGACCUAGUUCACAAAGAAAGUAGAUUUGUUAAUCAGACAAUAUCACUUGUACAGUCAGUGUCCAGCAAAAUACAAGGGUGGUUAUUGAUAAAUCCUUAUAUCCACAGUAAAACAUAUCAUCUGUUUUUUCCCCAGACAUAAAGAACAAGUAAUCACAAAAAAAUGGAGACUAAAGGCUCUAUUGAAUCUGUAUCGCUGAUCGCAUUACAGAUUGUGCGAUAGAAAUUUGAAGGUCAUUUCCGUUUGAGCUGACAUAUACAGUGUUUACCGUGAAUGCAGUCUUCGCUAACGCAGGAACAUUGCCUUUAAAUUUGAACCAUGUUGUAAAGCUGAACUUCCGCGAUACGGAUUGUGUAGACUUAAAAAGCAUCUAUUUACUUUCUAAUGAUGUAUUAGUAUCCUGAAUAUGAUGCAUGUCAGUCACAUUUUCGGAUUGGUUUUCAAAAAACAGGUGGUAUAAUUGCAGUGGUUAAGUUUUCUGAUUAACCCCCAACAUUUCUUGGCUGUUUGGAUGGAGAACAUGUUUGAUGCCUAGAACGUUUGGUUGUUCAUUGCUCCAGUUAGUUGUUUUGAGGUGAAAUCUUUAGUCCCUCUGUACCUGGGCAACAUUUCUGCGUAGUAAAGAAAGGUUUCCUCAUGUUCCCAUACAUAUUUUGUAUUGGUUCAUAAAACAUUUUUACAAAAGAAAAUCUGAAGAGUACUUGUCUUAAUAAAAAGAUAUCAAUGUGAAA